CCGGAACUCAUCGUUUCCAGCGUUUCUUGCAUCAAAGAGACAGAGAGAAAAUCUAUGUCUUGGUAUAAUCUCCUUAACAUACAUAAAAAAAAACUAGGGAAAAAUAAAAGGGAAUAAUUUUGGCGAGCAGAGAGCGGCAGCUGGUUUUUGAUCCAAAAACCUCUCUACGUCUCCGUUUCUCUCUUCACUGCUCAUUCAAUACGCUGUACACUAGGUUUAUGGAUUACCCAUAUUGGAAAGUUAGAGUUGUGAUUCUUUUUUAAUGUUGGUUCUUGGAUUUCUGAUGUUCACAGUUUAAGGAUAGAGAGAAGUUUUUCUGAUUGGAAGAAGAGGAGCAGGAGGAGGGGGAGAGGUGGGUACAGGGUACUCGUUGUUGUUUUUUAUUAGGAAUCCAAAUCCAUCAGCCAGAGGGGUAUGGCCCAGGAUAAACCUAUGAGACUCUAUCAAGCUUGGAAAGGAAGCAAUGCUUUAUUCCAUGCUAUUUUGAUGUUGUCAGAGAUUUUUCUGUGGGGGAAGGUUGAUCUUCGGUCCUGAUGCCGCAUCAUUGUUUCUGACUCUACUCCUUAUUGCUGUCCCUGCAAUGGUGUUUUGCAUAAAAAUCUAUUGUAAGAUCCAUGACAAGCUCACCAGACAUCCUGGGAGUUGGUAUCCUGUAUUGUUUGUUGGCGCUGCUCUCACAGUCAUGGAUUUAAUAUUUCUCUUAUUGACCUCUGGUAGAGAUCCUGGAAUAGUCCCCAGAAAUGUAAAGCCUCCAGAAACAGAUGAAGCAUGGGAAGUAACAACACCAUCGAUGGAAUGGGUUAAUGGUAGAACCCCUCACAUGAAAUUACCUCGAAUGAAAGAUGUAAUUGUGAAUGGCCACUCAAUAAAAGUGAAGUACUGUGACACUUGUUUGCUCUAUCGUCCUCCUCGUGCUUCUCACUGUUCAAUAUGCAACAACUGUGUUCAGAGAUUUGAUCAUCACUGUCCAUGGGUUGGUCAAUGCAUUGGAAUACGCAACUAUCGGUUAUUCUUCAUGUUUAUAUCUACAGCAACCAUUUUGUGCAUAUAUGUCUUUGUUUUUUCAUGGAUCAACAUUCUCGAAAAAGAGAAGAGUAUCUGGAAGGCCAUGUCACAUGAUGUACUGUCAGAUUUGCUCAUAGUCUACUGCUUUGUGGCUGUGUGGUUUGUUGGUGGCCUUACAUUCUUCCAUUUCUAUUUGGUUUGCAAAAACCAGACGACGUAUGAGAACUUCCGAUACCGAUAUGAUAAGAAACUGAAUCCAUAUACCAAGGGACUUAUGAGAAAUAUUGGACAAGCUUUUUUCUCCAAGAUCCCACCUUCAAUGAAUAAUUUCCGGUCUUUUGUUGAGGAAGAUGAGCAUAAGGCUGUUGGAUCUUUUACCCCUAAUUAUGGAGAGGCUAUUGUUAGCUCGAAGGAGAAAAUUGACAUUGAACUGGCACAUAACCUUGCAGACAAUAGUGCUUAUUCACUUCCUGAGAUUCUACGAAAUUUGGAUUACGAUGAUGAGGAGGAUGACUUGAAAACAAAACAGGACGAAAGCAAACCUGCUUUUGGUCCACUAUUCUGGACUGAGCAAGAUAUGCUAGAAUCAGGGCAAGUCUGUAUUAUUGCAGAUGAAGUAACCGAAUCCGUUCAAAGUACUACCGCUGGAGAUGGAGGAAGAGAAUCUUCACAAAUCUUGAAUUCUGAAGAUGGAGCUAGAGCUUCUGUUCAAAGUUCCACUUCUAGUGAGGAGAUUAAGCCUGUGGAAGAAACUAGAGAUAAUUGGAGCUCCCAUCAAACUACAACACCAGCUCCCCAAGUAUAGAGUUUCUCCUGUAAACAUCUCUUCUUUGGCUCGAACGUUUGGAAAUGGAUGUGAAAGUUCUCAUUUGUUGGAAUGGCUAUCACAUGUUGGUCAUCCAAGUCUUGAGGUUGAAUGCAGGUUGUUUUGCUGGGAUUCUGGGAAAGGAGAGCAAUUUGAUCGUCUGCUUGCAUCCAUUUGUUUGUCAUAAAGUUCAGACUCCUGUUUGUUGCAAGUUUGUAGAUGUCACACAUUUGUCCAAUAAUGCAGAAACCCGAAGGUGAAGGUGUCUGUAAAGGUAUGAGGGUCUGUAGAUAGUGUCAUAGGUUUUUCAACCCCCUUAUUUCUUUUUCUUUUUUUUUCUCCCAUCAUAUUUGACAACACAGAUUUGAAAAUUUUCUAUAUAUUUGCUUAGACUUCUAGUAUUGUCUUGGAACAUUUUAAUCACCGAAAAUUUGUAUUGACUCAAUCUUGAUAAGGUACAGUUUGCUUUACCCUCUUGGCUUUCUAUCAGAGCAGUAGUGUUUCUGGUAUUGGUCACAAUGGUUGUCAUAAUUUGAAGUUGAAUUCUUCCCUUCCAAGACCAACAGACAGUCACACACAUGUAUAUGUAUGUAUUGUCACAAUGGUUGUCAUGGCCAACA